AAUCCUGAUUUAGCUGACAAUGAUUAUAGAUAUUUAGUUAUUAUAAGAGCUCAGUCAGCAAACAAAAAAUUUAACACAAAAUACUCAGAUUUGCACUUAACUAUUGUCAUACAAAACCAAUUAAACCGAAUCAAACGCGAAACUAAUAUUAAUAAAAACGAGAAUAAAGAAGAUAAGGCACUGUUGACUACAAACAGUGAACCCAUUCCCCGACAAAUCACUAAUUUUCAAACCACUUUCAAUUUACGGAUACUUUCGGGUGACACCAAUUCAUUGACAAUUGGAAAAGUAGUUCAAUACAAGUUAGACAUAUCAUUGCCCCGAACCAGUGGUCUCGAUCUGUUACUUGAGAUAUAUACUAAAGAUAUUAUUAAUGAUACCUAUUAUCCGGCUCUUUCAUUGUUCAACGUAUCGGUCAGUAAUAAAGUAGCGGGAAUUGGAUUUAUAUCCACUGGAGGACCACCUAAACCUAAAAUGUUUUUCAACUCUAUUAAUAAUAAUGUGUACGAUAAAAUAACACUUGAUUUCGGAACUGUGGCCAACAAUGGCGCCGAAGGAAAUAAAUUGUCAAUAUUUUUUUCGGCAGCUUUGGUCAGAAAAACCAAUUUGAUUACCGGAAGCAAACAUUUUGUGACAGUCGGUGCUGAGUAUAAUCAGGGGUCAUAUGUCUGGGUCGGUGUGUCUCAAGUUAUUGCAGAGACUAUAUCAGCAUCUGAAGACAAUCAGUUAGCAGAGGUUGAUCUAAAAGGUGCUCAACCUUUGGCUUUGGACAGUGCGCUUACAUUGACAGUCGAUGCUCUUAUGGAGUUCCGAUCAGAUGAGAUCCUACUAGAAAUGUGGGGCCCAUCCCAUCCAUACGAACCAAAUAAUGUGAUAGCUAUGGGACACAUUGCAAUCAAUGAGUUUGGCUCUAACUACCAGUCAGUUCCUAAUAAUCCACAACAUUAUCAAUCAAAACGCAUUGAAAGUCAAUCCCAAUUGUCAUAUCAAAAGACUGUCUUAAAUAUGGGUCUCAUAACAAAUAUCGGUGAAAAAGUAGGCAAAGCCUCGACUGAUGCCAACAAUAGAAUUGUAUAUUCAAUGACUAUAUAUGCCAUUAAUGACAACACAAAUGUGGGAAAGACAGUACCACUUAAUCUUCAGCUAACAAUCGGAAACAAUACUGUUUGGAAGCAUUCAGUAAACAUAAAGAUUAUCGACAGAAAACAUGAGAAGUCUAUCGCAAGAAUGUUGGCUUCAAAUGCCAACUAUUAUCCAUUGAUGGCAUUUCAGGGAAGUCUAACAACACUUAAUUUAUAUACAGAGUUCAGUGAAAGUCAGACUUUUAUUGAUUUCUCGGUUGUGGUCGAAGUGCCGACCGCUCGAAAACUGGCACUUCUGGAGCCAUGUUCUGCUCGUUUGGUCAAAGAAGAGACCGGAAUCAAUAUACCAUAUGUUAGUUCACAACAAUUGGAACCAACAGUUGAGGGAAAUCAAUAUACUUUCAAUUUUGGAAGAAUUCAACAAAUUAAACAACGAUUGACAUCAAAGAGCGAAGACAACACAUUAGUCACAGAAAUUGUUCUUAAGAUUGCUUUUCAUGAAGAAAACAUUGAAGGAAAGAUAUUAUCAGCCAAUGUUAAAGUGAUUAGUGGCAGUAAAUCAAUUAAAGUCAAAACAGAAAAUAUACAAAUAAUUACAGACAAAAAAUCAAUGAUUCCCUCUCUUAGUAUUAACAAAGCUGUUCCAUGGAAUUAUCUUUUUAUUGAUGGCGGCGCUAUGUCUGUCAAUAUUAAUAUGUUAUUACCAAAUAGUGUUGCUUAUGAAGAAGUAAAACUUGAAGUUCACGGCAAUAAUGAAACGACAAUUGCUUUGCCAGAGAUCAACAUUUGUCGAUUGGAAGUGACACGAGUGGGUCCAUCAAUACCCUGUUCUUGUGUGGCGAAGCCUAAGAUUAACAAAAAUAAAGUUUUCUAUGAAAGACAUUCAAAUAAAAAUACCACAGAUUAUGACUAUUCAUCAAUAACUUUGGGUGACAUCGCUGUCCUUCAAAAACCAAGUUUAGAAUUGGACCGAAAUUUUAAUCUUAAUUUUGUGGCCACUAUUUUGGAUGGAACUGUAUUUGAAUCGGGAGUUAUGUAUCCAUUUUAUGUCGGACUCUCAAUUGGUACUGACCUUAUUUGGUCUUCAAAUGUUACAUUUCCGAUGAAAUCUGAUACCACAAUGGAUAUGACAACAGAUAUAAAACCCAAAUUGUUUUCAUAUCUAAAGAACACUUUACCCGUUAAUCCUGGCUUUACUACAGAAGCUAUUAUAAAAUUGGAAACACCUAUUCAUACCGUUACAAACUAUACAAUUGAAUUGAUGGCUUUAGAUAAGGAAGUGUCUAUCUGUGGCUUAUGGAUCUCAAAUAUUGGUAGAAAUAUGCCGUGUCUUAGUAGUGACUUAAAAGCCAGUUAUGAAAUGAGACGUAUCGGCGAAAAUAACAGAGCAAUUAUUAACUUUAAAAACGUAGCGAAUGUUGGACCUAAUUAUCAGAUAUCACCUGAAGAGGAAAAACAAGCGAAUACUAUUGAAUUGAUGGCAAUGGUUAGGAUCAAAGGGAGCGCUAAUAACAAUAAGUUUGUAGAUAUUAUAGUUAAAUAUGGAGAAAACCAAAUGUCAGUUAAUAGCAAACUUGAAGUACCGGUCGUUAAGGAAUUGUCUAAAAUUAACAACGAAUUCAAAGCACCGAAAGUAUUCACAUUUGAUAUGUUUAACGGUUCGCGAACUGUUGGUAUCGGGUCAUCGGCUUUGCUUACAUUUGACAUUGAAUUAGAGCCCAAUAGUCAGGUACCCAUUCGUACACAACUGGCCAAACACAACGAUUUCCAAAUAUGUGACGCCAGUGUCAUUGAAAUCGGUUCAAACUAUCCAUGUUUUUCACCAUUUGAUCUCAAGAAAAGUGGAUCGAUAUUUGAUUUGGGAAUGAUUUGCAACACUUAUCUUAAUAAAGAAGAUAAAACUCAAAAUAAAGUCAGAUUAGGAAUUGCCGUACGUUUUGCAGAUGAUCUUAAAACAGACCAAACUAUCAAACUUAUUGGAGAUGGUUUUGCUGGCAAUACCUCAAUAGCAAAUAAAAAACAAAACAUUGAUUUAGUGGUCAAACGAGAUAUUGAACAGACAAUCGGCGAUUUUAUUGAACCCAGAAUUGCACCCAAAAAUGCCACUCCUUUUCCCGCAAAAAUUAGGGAAAAGGUUUGGAUUGCUUUCAAUUUAACAAUACCUCCAAAAUCUAUAGUCAAAGUAGCCGUUGAAGUGAAGGGUGCUGUAGAAGAAAACCGGGCUAUCAUUACAUUACAUGGACUUAGGAUUGCCUCGGGAGGACCUAACAUACCAUGUCCUAUGGCUAAUGCAAAUCCAACCGUUAAAUAUGACUCUAGUAUAGGCAACAACCAACACGACACCAUAACUGCAAACUUGGGAUAUCUGUCAAACUUUGGUUUUAGUCACGCAUUUGGUUCCCAUGUGGCCGGUGAUGAUGAUAUCACCAUUGAAGUGUUGGCACAAUUUACUGAUCAUUUAAUGACAGAUGAGAAUAGUAGUCAUACAAUUAAGAUAACUGCCAUUUUAGGUGAUGAGUCUAAUGCUAAACGAAUAAGUGGUGCAAAAUAUAUGCGAGUCGUGCGGACGCAUACUGAACGACCAAUUAUUGAAACAGAGAUCUUAAUUAACAACAUUACAACUUAUGAUAGAAAUCAUAUGAUUGAUGCCAUGGCUGUUAUCAGACAUUCAGAUAAGUCGACCGGAGAACCGGCUAAUCCAGCUCUUCGACUAUUUUUGCCGCCAUUUAUCAAAUUUGGACAAAUUGUUUCUCAUAAUACCAGAGAUGACCCUAUAGUCAAAAAUCAGUCAAACGGAGCCACAGUUGAUAUAGUGAUGCCAUGGAUUUUAUUUCCUGAUAUUUUUACUAUAAAUUUUACAUUUAUUGUCGAUCCUGAAAACCAAAGAGGAUAUGGAAAAAAUGAAACUUUUGUGUCGGUUCCCUAUCGGGUAAUCUGUGAACACUUUCGGGUUUCGGUUUCAUCGAAAUUCCCGUGUAGUCGAGUCAACGACUUUACGUUUAGAGCCAAAAGUUCCGAGUGUGAUAAGGCAUUAGGUAUGGCCAGUGGUCUCAUAAAAGACUGCCAACUGAGCGCAUCGUCGGCUGUCAGUGCCAACUAUGCGCCACAUUUUGGUCGACAAAACUCUGGCAACUUUUGGGCACCGGCUCUGCGAUAUUGGUCACAAAAACAAUAUCUUCAAAUGGAUUUCCUCAAAAAUACUCGGGUCACUAAAAUAGCCGUUCAGUCGGUUAGAAAUAACCGUAAAGUAAUGUCAUAUUCACUGAUGGCCAGCGAUAAUAACAAAGUUUGGUUUAAUGUCAACAACAUAUCAUAUCUGAGUUACGCCGAUGGAGUGGCUUAUGAUGUCAUACAAAAGCCACAAGAGGCCCGUUAUUUUAGAUUUGUCAUCGAAGAAGCAUCAGAUCCAGACCGUGAAAAUGAUCAGUUGGUUGCCGUCAAACUCGAAUUCUUUGGCUGUUAUUUGGAUGACAACGAUCUGUCAAACAAUACCUGUUCAUCUGAAGCCACUAAUACCUGGUUUUCUGACAAUAACAAUGGUUUGAGUCGACAUUUUUCAGCUGAUCCUUACACUAAUGUUUUGUAUUUUUGUGACUCCACUUCUGAUAUGAAUCAACAGAUUUGUUAUUAUAGUAACUCUGGAGGUAAUACAUGGCAUAUAAUUGGUCGGUCUAUUGACACCAUUGUUGGCUACGAACUGACAACCGGUAAGACCUUUGGCACUGACUCCAGAAGAGGCGCUUAUCUCAGCACUAAAGACGGCAUCAAAUGGACUCCUGAAUCAUACGAGACGUUCAAUCAAACAGUCUUUGACCACAAAUUUCAACACAAAACGGUAGUUCCAGGUCUUCAUAGGGAAGGUAUUAGACGUAUGAAUCUAAAGACUGGUAAUUGGAAAGCACUUCAAGACGGACUGUACUUCGAUGACAGUAAUGUCCCAAAAGCUUAUUGGAAUCGAUGUUGUAAUGUAUAGACUAUUUU